AUGGAACCAGGGCUACGUGUCGUGCGUGGACUUGACUGGAAAUACGGCGACCAGGAUGGUGGUGAAGGUCAUGUCGGUACUGUGGUAGAAAUCGGCGGGCAGAGUGGAUCUGCAACGCCAGAGAAGUGUGUGGCUGUGACCUGGGACUCAGGGGCCAGGAAUGUAUACAGGGCAGGUCGGGGGGAUGAUUAUGAUCUGCACGCAUUCGACAAUGGUCAAUGUGGU